AUGAUCGACCAGCGCGACUUGAGCGAAGGAACGCUUCUCUUUCAGGACGACUAUUUCACAUCUCCGAGCUAUUUUGAGUUUGACGAAUACAACGAAGUCAUCAUCACCUUCUGUGCCUCGAAGCAGUAUAAACAACACAUAGGUGUAAUACAAAGCGAAUACAAGGUAUGGAGACAGCGGGACUAUUCCUUCCUCUACUCGAUCUCCGAUGAAAGAAUCCAGGAAGUGCGCGUGGGGUCGAUGCGAAAGGGGAUGAUUCUGGUGGCGCAGGAAGCGCACUUCAUUCCCACAGGCGACUUAUUGGUGAUGCCCAUCAUGGUACUCGCUCUCCACACAGGCGAAAUCAUCUACCGAGCCAACUUCUUCCUUCACAGCACCAACGAGGUGGAGUUUCUGGAGGUUUUCGAAGAGUACAUUUUCAUCAAGCAGCGAGAUCACCGUCUCGUUAUCUACAGCAUGGUUCACAAUCGAAUCGUGAAUCUAGCUCCGCCUCAAGGCUUCGACUCCAAAUUGAUCGUGUUUCUGAACUACCAAGAGCUCUUCCUCGUGUUCUCCAAGACCUCCAUCGAUAUUUACGAUCGCCAUCUCGCGAGAAAAGCCUCGAGAUUGGAGAAGAGCUAUCCCUAUGCGGACAACACCUACGAGAAUAUCGCGUUUAUCUCGGAGACGCAGGACAUCUUGGUGUGCUAUUACAACGACCGCCUUCGUACAGGAAAGAUCGACAUGUUUGACCUGCUGACAGGAGAACACUUGUUCUUCCGCGACAGUCGCUCGAUGAACCCCUCGGAUAACUACGGACUGGAGGACGUCAGUGGAUUGUUCUUUGAUUUUGAACGCGACAAGCUGUACACAGGUCCAAGCACACGAGCAGGAUUGAUUCAUGUUUGGUCUGCAUGA